AUGGAAGAGGGUGUGGCAUCUCAGAAGAUUAGAAUUUUCGCUUGGCGGGCUUGUAUGAACGCCCUUCCUACAAUGCAGAACCUAAAGGUAAGGGGGGUCAAUACAGAUGGUUGUUGUCCUUUGUGUGGUCAAGGCCCUGAAAAUACUAUGCACGCCCUCUUUAAUUGUGAUAGCUCAAAGCUGGUUUGGAAUUUUUGGGUUGGAAGACCUGCUGUCUUGGAUGGUGGGGCUUUGGAUGUUAUUGAUAUGGCUCUCCAUAUAUGGAACUCAGCUUUGAGACUUGCUAAGGAUUUUAAGGGUGCAUUAACUCCACAAAACUACCAGCAAGGUGACCGUGCCUCCCAUUGGUCUCUUCCUCCACCGGGUUUUCAUAAAGUAAGUGUAGAUGGUGCUACCUGUCCAAAUGGCUCAAAUUCAUGUAUUGGAGUCAUCAUUCGCGACUCAUCUGGGCAAGUCAUUGCAGCUUUGAGCAAACCUCUGUCAGCCUCUUACUCCCCUGAAAUUGCCGAAAUUCUUGCUUUGGAAAAUGGUGUUACCUUGGCGCAUGAAAUGAAUAUUACCCGGAUAAUUUUUGAAUCGGACUCCCUUGCAAUGGUGCAAUCUGUGGUUACUAUGGAAUCUGGAGGUCCGCUUGGCCAUAUCAUCAGUGGAAUCCGCAGCUCUCUACUCCAUUUUUGCAGCUGGCAUCUUCACCACCUGAAACGGGAUCACAACAGAGCAGCACACGAGCUCGCCAAAUUAGCCAAAUCGACUGGUUUUGCUCAAGUCUGGAAAGGAACUUUACCUCCAUUGUCACAUUCUAUUCUUUUUCCAGACCCCACUUAG